UCUUACUUCACAAUGUAAAGUUCACAAAAGCAUGCAUCAAAUUAUAUGUAUAUACAUACAGAACAAUAAACUUUCUUUUUACAUAUGCAUUUGAUUAGUACAUGCUGUAUGACCCAUCAUUUGAUCGUAUUUUUUAUGCUGAAUGCCUCCGUGCUGACGGCUGGUCCUCCUCCACUGUCACUGACCUUAGCCUAAGUCCUCACGCUUUCGACCGCACCGGAAGUGGCUGUAAGGACCGCCCUUUGCAGUCGCUUGUUGGAGGAAAGACUUCGGUUCUUGACCCGAAUCUUCUUCAGAGACGACCGCUCAUCUCAACCGCACUUGCCGUCUUCGAUUGGAAGGGCGCGGCAACGUUCUGCCAAUAGUUUGCAAUCUUUUUGGACAUCUCAUAAACGAUUUGUGGGGGCGUUUGUCUGCCACCCUCUGGCAGCCAGACUUCUGGUUACCCCUGGGCGUGACUUGGGAUGACCUCCGUUCCACUGAUAGCUUCCACUUCCCGGUUUUUUCCGACGUGUGGAUCUACCCUCCUGCCUUUGGCUUGUGUUUGAUGCUGUUCCGCUUCUCGUUCCUGGAGCCCCGUCUGUUCCGGCCCCUGGCGCGCAGCAUGGGCGUCUCCGACUGGCGCCCGGCCCCUCCGGCCUUCGACGCCGCCCUCGAGGCCCUCUAUCGACGCUACCAGACCAAGGUUCCCGCGCAGGUGAUCGUGGAGACCUCGGAAGCCAAUAAGUUGUCCCCUCGCCAGGUGCAGAGGUGGCUGAACCGAAAGCACGCCGUGACAAAGUCAACCAAGUACGAGAAGUUCAUGGACUGCGCUUAUGACUUUUCUUGUCACACGUUCAUGUGUAUUUUCGGCUUCGUUGUCAUGGUCUCGAAACCCUGGUUGUGGAACAUCACACUAUGCUGGAGGGAUUAUCCACACCACAGCAUCAGCACCGACGUCUGGUGGUACUACAUGCUGUGCCUGGCUUACUUCUGGUCCACAACCAUUAUCCAGAUACCCAAGCCGGCCCACAGAAUCUCCGACAAGGUUCAGAUGAUGUCUCACCAUUUGUUCACGAUCCUCCUGAUGGUGUUCUCGUGGACAUGCAACUUCGUCCGCGUUGGGACGCUGGUUCUCGUAGUCCACGAGUGCGCCGACGUCCCCCUCCAGGCCGCCAAGAUAUUCAAGCACGCAGGCAUCGACAGACUGACCGAUGUGAUGUUCGCGGUGUUCGUCAUCCUGUGGCUGGCGACCCGCUGCUGCGUCUUCCCUCUGUGGAUCAUGUACAGCGUCUUCUUCGAGGCCACCACCUUCAUGUUCAUGCCCUCAGCCUACCUCUUCAUGGGGCUCCUGGUGGGCCUCCUCAUCCUCAACCUGGGAUGGACGUGGAUCAUCCUCAGCAUUGUGGUCAGGAAGCUCCGUGCGGGAACAUUGCAGGAUGUCCGGUCGUCGGGCGAAGAGGAAUCGGAGGAUGAGUCCCAGAUGAGUAACGGGAUCAAGAAAGAGUAGGAAUCUCGCGAAGACAGAGGCUUACGAUUUUUUCCUGGGGUGCAGAAGGGACACCUUAGUAAUACUUAUUGUCGUCAUUGUUAUUGUUAAUAUUAUCAUUACAAAUAUUAUUGUUCUUGUUAUUGACAUUAUUUUUACUAUUGUUAUUACUGCUACUAUUAUUCUCCUCCGUUUCGAUAAACACUUUUUCUUUUAUCACGGUAAAAAAAGAUAUGUGUAUUGGGUUUUGGUUUCGCAAAAGAAUUUUUAUGAUUUGUCAAUAGAUAAAGGUACACUAGAAUGUGAAACUGAUAGACAAAAGAAACACCAUUUGGAGUCUUUUUUCCAACCGCGAGGGAUAUUGAUUACCAAAAUGAAAAUGCAGAUCUUGCGUGCAGGUUGAACAAAUGCCUGCAUAUAUUCUCCCCCCAAAAAAACUAGUAAAAGACAAUGUAGGUAUAAAAUGCCAAAGAGCAGUAGUAGAGCUGAGUAGAUGUGCAUAGAGAUUUAUUGACAUGCAGAUGUCAUUAUAAUGUCAAAGUAAUGCAAUUAUAGGGUGCCUUGAGCAAAAAAAAAAAAAAAAAAAAAAA